UGGAACGCAGGAACAGGAGCUGAGACCAUGCUCCAGCCACCUCCAGGGUCCCUCUGAACCUCCAGCUGCCACACGGCCCAUUCGCGUGCCCCCUCUCCCCUGGGGAGCACAGCUCCCCUAGCUUCCCCAGCAUCAUGGGCAGCAAGGAGCGCUUCCACUGGCAGAGCCACAACGUGAAGCAGAGCGGCGUGGACGACAUGGUGCUGCUGCCCCAGAUCACCGAGGACGCCAUCGUGGGCAACCUGCGCAAGCGCUUCCUGGACGACUACAUCUUCACCUACAUCGGCGCCGUCCUCAUCUCGGUGAACCCCUUUAAACAGAUGCCCUAUUUCACUGACCGUGAGAUCGACCUGUACCAGGGCGCGGCCCAGUACGAGAACCCCCCGCACAUCUACGCCCUGACGGACAACAUGUACAGGAACAUGCUCAUUGACUGUGAGAACCAGUGUGUUAUCAUCAGUGGAGAAAGCGGAGCCGGGAAGACGGUGGCGGCCAAGUACAUCAUGGGCUACAUUUCCAAGGUGUCCGGUGGUGGUGACAAGGUGCAGCAUGUCAAGGACAUCAUCCUGCAGUCGAACCCCCUGCUGGAGGCCUUUGGCAACGCCAAGACUGUGCGCAACAACAAUUCCAGCCGCUUUGGCAAGUAUUUUGAGAUUCAGUUUAGUCGCGGCGGGGAACCGGAUGGCGGCAGGAUCUCCAACUUCCUGCUGGAGAAAUCCCGCGUGGUGAUGCAAAACGAAAACGAGAGAAACUUCCACAUCUACUACCAGCUGCUAGAAGGAGCCUCCCAGGAGCAGCGGCAGAACCUGGGGCUCAUGACGCCCGACUAUUACUACUACCUCAACCAAUCGGACACCUACAAGGUGGACGGUACGGAUGACCGGAGCGACUUCAGUGAGACCUUGAGCGCCAUGGAAGUUAUCGGGAUCCCGCCCAGUGUCCAGGAGCUGGUCCUCCAGCUGGUGGCAGGAAUUUUGCACCUGGGCAACAUCAGCUUCUGCGAAGAUGGGAAUUACGCCCGGGUGGAGAGCGCGGACCUCCUGGCCUUUCCCGCCUAUUUGCUGGGCAUCGACAGCGGCCGCCUGCAGGAGAAGCUGACCAGCCGUAAGAUGGACAGCCGCUGGGGCGGGCGCAGCGAGUCCAUCGAUGUGACGCUCAACGUGGAGCAGGCGGCCUACACCCGCGACGCGCUGGCCAAGGGACUCUACGCCCGCCUCUUCGACUUCCUGGUGGAGGCCAUCAACCGGGCCAUGCAGAAACCCCAGGAAGAGUAUAGCAUCGGAGUGCUGGACAUCUACGGCUUCGAGAUAUUUCAGAAGAACGGCUUCGAGCAGUUCUGCAUUAACUUUGUCAACGAGAAGUUACAGCAGAUCUUCAUUGAGCUCACCCUGAAGGCGGAGCAGGAGGAGUACGUCCAGGAAGGCAUCCGCUGGACCCCCAUCCAGUACUUCAACAACAAAGUCGUCUGUGACCUCAUCGAAAACAAACUGAAUCCCCCCGGCAUCAUGAGCGUGUUGGAUGACGUGUGUGCCACCAUGCACGCCACGGGUGGCGGUGCCGACCAGACGCUGCUGCAGAAGCUGCAGGCGGCCGUGGGCAGCCACGAGCAUUUCAACAGCUGGAGCGCUGGUUUCGUCAUCCACCACUACGCCGGCAAAGUCUCCUAUGAUGUCAGCGGCUUCUGUGAGAGGAAUAGAGACGUCCUAUUCAGUGACCUCAUUGAGCUGAUGCAGACCAGUGAGCAGGCCUUCCUCCGAAUGCUGUUUCCCGAGAAGUUGGAUGUGGACAAGAAGGGCCGUCCCAGCACGGCAGGUUCUAAAAUCAAAAAACAGGCCAACGACCUGGUAGCCACGCUGAAGAGGUGCACACCACAUUAUAUCCGGUGCAUCAAGCCCAAUGAGACCAAGAAGCCCCGGGACUGGGAGGAGAGCAGGGUCAAGCACCAGGUAGAGUACCUGGGCCUGAAGGAGAACAUUCGGGUACGCAGGGCAGGCUUUGCCUACCGCCGACAGUUCCCCAAGUUCUUACAGAGGUAUGCCAUCCUGACCCCUGAGACGUGGCCACGGUGGCGUGGGGAUGAGCGUCAGGGCGUCCAGCACCUGCUCCGGGCAGUCACCAUGGAGCCUGACCAGUACCAGAUGGGGAGCACAAAGGUGUUCAUCAAGAACCCAGAGUCGCUUUUCCUGUUGGAGGAAAUCCGAGAGCGAAAGUUCGACGGCUUCGCCCGCGUCAUCCAGAAGGCCUGGCGGCGCCACGUGGCAGUGCGCAAGUACGAGGAGAUGCGAGAAGAGGCCUCCAACAUCCUCCUUAACAAGAAGGAGAGGCGGCGUAACAGCAUCAACCGCAACUUCGUCGGGGAUUACUUGGGGCUGGAGGAGCGGCCCGAACUGCGUCAGUUCCUGGGCAAGAGGGAGCGAGUGGACUUUGCCGACUCGGUCACCAAGUACGAUCGUCGCUUCAAGCCUAUCAAGCGGGACCUCAUCCUGACGCCCAAGAACAUAUACGUGAUUGGGAGGGAGAAAGUGAAGAAGGGACCAGAGAAGGGCCAGGUCCGGGAGGUCCUCAAGCGGAAACUGGACAUCCAGGCACUUCGGGGAGUCUCCCUCAGCACCCGACAGGACGAUUUCUUCAUCCUGCAAGAGGACUCCACCGACAGCUUCCUGGAGAGCGUCUUCAAGACCGAGUUCGUCAGCCUGCUGUGCAAGCGCUACCAGGAGGCGGCGGGGACGCCUCUGCCCCUCACCUUCAGCGACACACUACAGUUCCGAGUCAAGAAGGAGGGCUGGGGCGGGGGCGGCACCCGCAACGUUACCUUCUCCCGCGGCUCCAGCGACGUGGCGGUGCUCAAGGCUGGUGGCCGGUCCCUCUCGGUCAGCGUGGGUGACGGGCUGCCCAAGAGCUCCAAGCCUACGCGGAAGGGACUGGCCCAAGGAAAAGCCCGAAGGUCAGGUCCGGCCCCCACCCGGGCAGCCCCCGGACCCCCCAGAGGCAUGGCCCGCAACGGGGUGCCCCCAUCCGCCAGAGGAGGCCCCCUGCCCCCUCUGGAGAUCAUGUCUGGGCGAAGCUCCCAGAGACCUCCCCAGGGCCCUCCAUCCUCAGCUCUGGGGACCAGCAGACGACACCACGCCCGGCCACCCUCUGAGCAUAACACAGAGUUCCUGAACGUGCCUGACCAGGGCGUGGCUGGCAUUCAGAGGAAGCGUAGCGUGGGCCAGAGACCUGUGCCAGGCGUGGGCCGACCCAAGCCCCAACCACGGAUCCACAGCCCAAGAUGCCGGGCACUAUACCAGUAUGUUGGGCAAGAUGUGGAUGAGCUAAGCUUCAAUGUGAACGAGGUUAUAGAGAUACUCAUGGAAGAUCCGUCGGGCUGGUGGAAAGGCCGACUGCAUGGCCAGGAGGGUCUCUUCCCAGGAAACUACGUGGAGAAGAUCUGAACGGGGGGUGGGGGGAGUGGACAUGAUUGCAA